AUUAUUGUCGCCUGAUAGAACGUUGGCAUCACUAAACUAGUAAAAUUAUGGCUUCCGAGAAGUACGGUGUUCCACCGACCGGCCCCGCUCCGGGCGCCCCGCCACCGAUGGCAGCCGGGGCCCCGCAAGGCUACGUCUCGCCACAGCAACCUCAGGUCCAGAUGGGGGCCAUGCAACCCGGGUAUGCCGGUCAGCAACCUGGGGUGAGUGCGCAGCCUGGGCAGAUACAGUGGAUGCCGCACCCACAAGCGAUGCCCGGCUGUCCACCUGGCCUGGAGUACCUGACCCAGAUCGAUCAGCUAUUGGUCCACCAACAGGUGGAGCUCUUUGAAAUGUUGACCGAUUAUGAGACCGAGAAUCGAUACCAGGUGAAGAACAGUGUUGGUCAGCAGAUCUACUUCGCUCAUGAAGAAUCUGGAUGCUGUGAGCGACAGUGCUGUGCUGGCAAGCGUGGAUUUCUCAUGCACGUUACGGACAAUAUGAACCAGGAGGUGCUUCGGUUGAACCGUGAGUUCAAGUUCUGUGGCGGCUGCUGCUGGUGCGCCAAUGCCGACUGCGCGGCUGCAGACAUUGCAGUAGAGGCACCAGUCGGCAACGUCAUCGGCUACGUCAGACAAUCACAGAGUUGGUGGUAUCCUAACUUCACGAUCAUGAACGUGGCAAAAGAGACAGUCCUGAAGCUACGCGGACCAUUUUGGUUCUGCCAAAACGUUUGCUGCACCGACGACAUUGAUUUUAAGAUCAUGGAUCCGGAAUUGACCACCGAGUUGGGCAAAGUGAGUAAGCAGUGGGGAGGAAUCUUCAAGGAAGCAUACACCAAGGCCGACAACUUCGCCAUCACCUUUCCCAUGGACUUGAACGUGGAUAUGAAAGCCUGUCUUUUGGGAGCUGUUUUCCUGGUGGAUUUCAUGUAUUUCGAGCAGCCCAAGAACAACAAUCGUCACUAGACUGGAGGGAGGACCUUGCGACUCGACGACGGCGUUGACGACAUUCAACAAAUUAAUUGAAGUUUUUUUGUUUUACGUGGAACUUCUGUAACUUAUAAUAUUUUGAACCAAUGACAAAAUAUUCCUUGUAUACCAAUGUUGAAGUCUAGCUGAAUAAUGGUUAAACUCUCCAGAUUCCAAAGAGUGAAAUUAGGGACUAGACGUUUUAGAGUGAAAAUCACUCUCAUUUUUUAUUGGACUAGUCUGACAAAAUACCACUUCAG